AAAAAAACAUUAAUAUCUAUUUCUGAGUGUUCUAUGCGAACGAUAUAUGAUUGAUAAGCACACAACACAUAACACACAAAUAGCUAUUGUUUUGUUUUGUUUAGUAUUUUUUUAGUUAACGUUUUUGCGUCAAAACUAUUAUAACCACCGAUUGAUUGAUUGAUUAAUUAAUUGAUAUCAUUGUCAUCAACGACAACAAUGACCGACUAUCUGGAGUAUAACGACGCGUCCAAAGAGGAGAGAGGAUCUAUGAUCUCCGGCCGACUGAAACUGACCGGCAAUCAGAUUAUCUUCAAAAGCGGUAAAACCGGUAAAGUCGAGACGUUGGCGGCCAACGAUAUCGACAGCUUAGGCUGGCAACGAAUGGCCGGCGAACGUAUCGUUCGGGUAAUGAACAAAUCGGGUCAGAUGUCCCGAUUCGGCGGUUUUGUUGAAUCCGAUUACGAAAAGUUGAAAAAGUUUUUCGACAAAAACUACGAACUCGAACUACAGCCCCGAGACAAUUGCCUCCGGGGCUGGAAUUGGGGAACCGCUGACUUCGAUGGUAAUGUUCUCGGGUUUGAUAUCAAGAAAAACGAACGAGCCUUUGAGGUACCGUUGCUGAACGUCAGCCACUGUACGACCGCCAAGAAUGAGGUGACACUAGAGUUUCAUCAGAACGACGAAGCGCCCAACAGUCUGAUGGAAAUGCGUUUUCAUAUACCGACCAUCGAUGGCGUGGAUACGGCCCAGUCGUUCAUGGAACAGAUACUGUCGAUGGCCAACAUUAUACAGGCCACCGGCGACGCUGUGGUUACGUUCAAAGAGAUUCAGUGUCUGACACCGCGCGGCCGAUACGAUAUCAAAAUCUUUCCGACAUUUAUCCAAUUGCACGGCAAGACAUUCGACUACAAGAUACCGAUUACCUCCGUAUUGCGUUUGUUUCAAUUGCCGCACAAAGAUAGUCGUCAAGUAUUUUUUGUUAUGUCAUUGGAUCCGCCCAUCAAACAAGGACAGACUAGGUAUCACUUUUUGAUCCUAUUGUUUAGCAAAGAGGAUGAACUGGCUGUCGAUCUGGGUAUGAGUGAACGUGACCUGAAAGAGAAAUACGAAGGAAAACUACAACAACAGAUGUCCGGACCGGUCUACGAAUUGUUGGCCAAAAUUAUGCGCGUUUUGGUUCAACGAAAGAUUACAUUACCCGAUCCGACAUUCUGUUCGGUCAAAGAUGUCCCGGUUAUUACCUGUUCGUACAGAGCCAGUGCUGGACUACUCUAUCCCCUGGACAGGGGUUUCAUUUAUCUACAUAAGCCACCCAUACAUAUCCGUUUCGAAGAAAUCAUUUCCAUCAACUUUGCCCGUUCGGGUGGUUCGACUCGUUCGUUCGAUUUCGAAGUGGAAACCAAAUCGGCAUUUGUCCAUACGUUCAGUUCCAUCGAAAAAGAGGAAUAUUCGAAAUUGUUUGACUUUGUAUCGAAAAAAAAUCUGAAGAUCAAGAACCGGGGUAUGGAAGGCGGCGGUAGCGAAAAGUCCCGGAAGGCCAGGGAUGAAGGUAUGGUCGAUUCGGAUCUAGAGGACGAACCGGAUGCCUAUUUGCAACGUGUUCGCGAAGAAGGACGUAUUCGUACAGAAGCUGGCGAUGAUUCCGAUGAAUCGGACGAGUCGUUCAAUCCGGACAAAGAAUCCGAUGGUAGUGUUGCCGAAGAAUUUGAUUCGAAUGCCAGCGCAUCGUCGUCGGAGGAUUCGGACGAAGAGGGCGGCGGAGGCAGCAGUCAUAAGAAGAAGAAAAAGGAAAAAGAAAGAGAAAAACCAAAGAAAAAAGAAAAGAAAGAGAAGAAGAGAAAAGAGAAGUCGUCGAAGAAGGAUAAGGACGAGAAUAAACCAAAACGACCGAUGAGUGCCUAUAUGUUGUGGUUUAACGACAAUCGGGAUAAGAUUCGGGAGAAAUAUCCGAAACUUAGUUUCACUGAAAUUGCCAAAAAAGGCGGCGAACUGUGGAAAGAGUUGAAAGAUAAGCCAAAAUGGGACGAAAAGGCUGCCGAAGCCAAGAAACAGUACGAAAAGGCUAUGGAAAGCUAUAACGCCGGCGACUUUAAGCCAAAAUCACCGACAAAAAAGAGUUCGUCGUCGGCGGCGGCGUCAAAAUCGGCCAACAAAUCGCCAACAAAGAGCGGUUCGUUCAAAAGUAAAGAAUAUAUUAGCGAUUCUGAUUCGAGUUCGUCGGACGAUUCCGAUCGAAAAGAGUCGUCGAAGAAGUCGUCAUCGAAGUCAUCAUCGAAAAGCAAAGACAAAUCGUCGUCCAAAGAUAGUAAAAAACCGAAGAAAGAAGAAUCGGAUGUCGAGAUGGAAGAAGAAGAGGAGGAAGAGAGCGCAGUAGAGACACCAGAAUCGUCGGAUGAGUCCGACUAAGAGAGAGAUAGAGAGAGAGAGAGUCCCGGAGCCGAUGACAUAACUGUUCGAUACGUUUUCAUGUAUUAUUAAUAUCCGUUUUAAAAGACAUGUCAAGAUGUGGUAAUCAAUUAAAUAUUAUUAU